AUGGGGAGCUCCAGCCGCUUUUCACUGGGCGCGGCUGUGAUCCUGCUUCUGGUACUGGCUUCGGCCAUGAAGGCUGGAGCCAUCCGACUCGACGCGGAGACCCGGGCGUCAGUCAGCGGCCUCAGUAACCAAAUGGCCACUGAUAAACCGAUUGGGAAGAACAAUGUCGUCGAUGUGGUCAAGGGAUCUGCUGGUUUGACAAGCGAGAUGAAGAAGAGCGUGGACGUUGCCGCGAGUGAAGUUAGGGCGGUGGCGCAUAAGAUGCCGGAGUUCCAUGAGGACUACUACGGCCCGAGUGAUCACAGCCCAAGGCACCACUGA